UUGGCAGCGCCCGGCGCGCCGGCCCCGCGUUCCUGGAAAGUUCUUGGAAAUGGAUCAGAGGCGUUUCCACGAACACGCGCGGCGGUGGCCCCACACGGCUCCCCCUCCCCUCCUCUCCUCUCCUGUCCCCUCCCUGCCUGCCCUGGCUGCCCGCCGGGAGGGCUCCGCUCCCCUCCCUCGCUCCCUCCCGGGCCAUGGCAGCAUGGACGCGGCCGUGCUGGACACAGCUAUUUUUACCUUCUCUCUUUUUUUCCCCCCCCUCCCCUCGUGGCUGAUAUAGGAAGAGUGAUGCGAACACAAUACGAUUCCAGGAAUCCCUCACUUCCUGGAACAGAUUAAAAGGGACACACAAAAGAUUACUAAGGAGGUUUGUCUUUUUUUUUUUUUUUUUUUUCACGGAGCUUCAUUUCUCCGGAGCCAGCGCUGAGACAGGUCGCUGCUCCGGCUCUUCCCGCACCACUCGGGGAGAUCUUAUUUAUUGGUACCUAUUUAUUACUGUUUCAGAGUGCUCUGAAGGAAGAUCACUUCCUCUUUAAAUAUAUGUAAUUUCCUAUUUCUCUGGUUAUUUUUAAUUUUCUUUUGGCUGCUGUUUUCUGGAAAGCAGAACAAGAAUAUAUUAUUUUUCUCUAAAGCACUGAGAGUGCACUCAUUUUCUUGGCCAAAGUUGCUGAAGUCUUUGUCGGACAGCUUGUCUUCUGCUUGGCUUUCCCUGUGUCUGAAACAACCUGCAGAAGGGGUUUGCUGGGACUCGCCAGCCUUCCCUCACCGUGAACCCCAGCUGGAGGCUGAACUCGCUGCUUCGGGGAAGCAAAGAAGGCAAGAAGAGGAGAAAUCAUUUCCCAUCUUCUUGAAGACCUAAUGCUUUUCCCUUGGUCCGGGAGUGACAUGAUCCUCUGUGUUCAGGGACCUCAUCCUUUGCUGGCAGAGGAAAAGCUCAGGAGACUGUCACUCAGGGGCAUUGAGGAGUUGUCAGAGCCCAUCAUGCAGCCUCUCCCAGUUAUGGCCUUCCAGGAGGAGUCUGCACCUGCCCUUGCAGCUCCAGUUCCAGACAGUAACCCACCUCAGACACGGGACCCUGAAGAAGACCUUCUCUGCAUUGCAAAAACCUUCUCCUACCUGCGAGAAUCUGGUUGGUACUGGGGUUCCAUCACUGCCAGCGAGGCCAAGCAGCACCUGCAGAAGAUGCCCGAGGGCACGUUCCUGGUGCGGGACAGCACCCACCCCAGCUACCUGUUCACCCUGUCCGUCAAGACCAACCGAGGGCCCACCAACGUGCGCAUCGAGUACACUGACAGCAGGUUCCGCCUGGACUCCAACUACCUGUCCAAGCCCCGCAUCCUGGCCUUCCCCGACGUGCUCAGUCUCAUCCAGCACUACGUCACGUCCUGCAGCACGGAGAGCAAGAGCGAGGCUCCCUACCCGCCCCCGGCCCCCCUCCCUCCCCUGCAGAAGGAGAUGGCAGCAGCUGCAGUGCACCUGAAGCUGAUCCGGCCGCUGUGCCGCAAGGACAGCAUUCCCAGCCUGCAGCACCUGUGCCGCCUGCGCAUCAACAAGUGCACGGCUGACGUGGAGCAGCUGCCCCUGCCCCGGCGCAUGGCGGAGUACCUGAAGCAAUAUCCUUUCCAGCUCUGAAGUGUGGCUGCUCUCUCUCAGGCACAAAUGACAGAGACACAACCACGAGAACUUUGUGUCUCCGUCCUGCUAAAGGUGGGCCCGGCCAAGGCCUGAUUGUCAGCAGAGACUGCAUCCAUCUUUCCUCUCCCUUGUCUUCACAUCCAUUCCAGCCCCAGGGAGGAGUGGGUUGUUUCAGUGAGCGGCGGGGCAGCAGCUGAGCUCUGACCCUCAGGCCGUGCUGGCAGUGGCUGUGAGAAGCGCUGUGGGCAUGGCCACACUACUUGAAUGUCAGAGCUGCUGUGACACCGGACACGUUAACGUUGUUAUUUUUGCUAUUUAUUUCCAUGGCAGUUUCUCUCCUCAUGGUAUUUUUAAAGCACCUUUUACUUUAUUGGGGUUUUUUUGUUUCUUUUGUGGAAUUAGAGAUAGAUAAAGGCUCCCAGCCAACUGGCAGCCGAAGCUCUGUGGGAAUUUGGAUUUGGAUUCACAGGCAAACAGCUUCUGUUUGAGCCUGUCCCUGUGACAGGUUACAGGAGUCCACAUCCAAGCUCUCCUAGGCUUCUGGGGUAUGUGAGACUCAGAUGGCUGUAUCCAGACCCACCUCCACAGAGGUAAAGACUAUUUGUUUUUUCUUCUUUAGCUACAGAGGGUAUCAACCUCAGAGCACAGUGGGAACUCCCAGAGAUGGGUGCUGCAUCACACGUGGACAGGAGACUUCUUUGAGAGGAAGCUCUUCUUCCUUGAGAGCUCUAAGCAGAGAUCUGGAUAGUGAGGUUGGGCCAGGGAGCACUCAUCCCAUUUUUUUCCAUCUUCUCCAUCUCCAAAGGAAGUUUGUGACAAAACAUUUCCAAACAAGUAAUUAGAAACAAAAUUUUCUCAUAUGCAGGCAGAAAGAUUUAAUUUCAGAGCACCCUGUGUUUGGCUUGUGUUUUCAAAGUGCUGUUCCCUGACCCUGCCCUUGCCUGAGACACAGGGCAAGAGCGGGGGCUCCUUGAGCAGGGGCUCAGACAGCUCUGCUGGGCUGUACCAGCGACACGCACAGCUUCAGGAUAUUUAUUUAUUUAUUUCUGGGGUAACACUUAGAGGAUCUCAGCCCCCAGAGCUGUCCUUGCUCCCUGCUCCCACGGUGCCAGACUGCAGCUUGCUCUGCUCCCGCCAGCAUUAGUCACCGGCCACAUGGCUUCUGCCAGCUCCAGGCUGGAGCACACACUGGAAACCACAACCAACAUCUCUGUUUGCCAAGGUCCAGACCUCUCCUCCCCCCUGCUCUGACUUGCAUGCUUGUUAUCCAGAAUUAGGCUUUUGCCUCUGGGGUUCCUUCUCACACCCCAUCCCUUUCACCCCCUGCAGAUGAGUCUCUUCCCCUGCUCUUUUACACACAGGAGGGACAGAGAGCAGAUGAGAUCUGCCCCAAACCAGCACAGACAAGUUCCCCCUUCCUGUUCAUUUGCUGAAUCUCAUCAUCUUCCCAGCAAAUUAUUAUGUGGCUUAUUUUGCCCCUAAGACCCUCUGAGUUGUUCUAGCAUGAAUGAAGGAUUCCUUGUUCAUCCCUCCCUGGGACUCUCUCUAAGGCUCUGUAAAGCAGAAUGGACAAACCCCCAGCUGUAGCUGAGUGUUAGAAGAGAAGAUGGAAAAAGAUGGCAUGGUGACCCAGGAGACAAGCUCAAAAAAUGGAUUUCUUCCACCCUAUCUUAAAGCUGCCAAAAGGGACAAGAUGGCCUGAUGUGCUUAGUCAGUGUCCUUUUUUUUCUCUCCAGAUUUAUACAAGUUUGUGCUGUUGCAAGCUUUGUUUUUGAUACUUUGAUGAUAGACAGUGUGCACGUGUGAUGUCAGGUUUGCUUUUUUGGUAUAUCCUUCCCCCUUCCCCUCUAUGGCAGCAACCAUGGGAAGGUACUGAAUGAGAAUGAAAAUACAGAAGGCAAAAAGGAAAACUUAAAAAAAAAAAUAUAAAUGAUAAACCACUGAAAAGGCUUCCUUUUAUCUGAACACCUCUGUCUGCCUGAGGACACUGGGAACAAGGAAACCACGGCUCUCCAAGGAGCAGCAGUGAUCUCAGGAAGCCCACACAGCUCAGCCACAGGCCUGCUAACUACAGCUUGGGAAAGAUCAGUUGGAGAAAUGCACAGCAGGAAAGGGCAGGUUGUUCAGCUCUCUGAAACUUGCCUCCUACUCAGUCUGUUCUCUGGUGGGGGUGAUGGGGAGGGCAAGCUGUGGGUUUGACUCACUGCCCCAGGAGAGCCCAGGAGCUCCUGGCUGACCUAAACUAAAGGCUGUGAGCUCCCACGGGCAGGGACCAGCUCUGUUCUGUGUUUGUUCUGCAUUUAGCACAAUAGGGAUCUCUAGGUGCUACUGCAAUACAACAAAUAAACAAUACAGUUACUCCAAAAAGUCAGUUUCUUCUAUCUUGAGACAGUUUGUUAAAAAUCGUUUGACUCUGGAUUUUAAAUAAACAUUUGAAAUAUA